AUGAGCCUCCCUUCUUUGGAGCUCCCACUGAGCUCAUUCAACCAACUCGAGCCAAACAGCCGAAGCGUCUCUCCCAAGGCGCAUUAUUCGCCGCCAUGGGCCAAUACCUCCAUCAUCGGCAUCGCCGGUAGCUCAGGCUCCGGCAAGACAUCACUUUCAUUGGCUAUCAUCAAGGAAUUGAGCUUGCCAUGGGUCGUCAUCUUGUCCAUGGAUAGCUUCUACAAAGUCUUGACGCCGGAGCAAUCCCAAGCCGCAUUCCGAAAUGAGUACGAUUUCGAUGCUCCGGGAGCCAUUGACUUUGAUGUGCUUGUGGACAAGCUGCGAGAUAUCAAGUCGGGGUAAGUCGCCGUACUGAAUACCCGGAUCCCGCUUUUCUGACGUGACUUCAGAAAGAAGGCAGAUAUCCCUGUGUAUUCUUUCGAGAAGCAUGCACGCCUCGACAAGACUCACACAGUCUACUCGCCACAUGUUCUGGUCUUGGAAGGCAUCUUUGCCUUGCACGAUGAACGAGUCCUCGACCUGCUGGAUUUGAAGAUCUUCACAGAAGCCGACAGCGAUCUGUGUCUCUCCCGAAGACGUAAGUUCUCAGAACUAUUCCGCUUUGUGAAGCCUUGCUAAACUAUGUACAGUUCUCCGCGAUGUCCGCGAACGAGGCCGCGACAUUGAAGGCUGCAUCAAGCAGUGGUUCUCCUUUGUCAAACCCAAUUUCCACAAGUACGUGGAGCCGCAGCGCAACGUCGCAGGUACGUUUUUACCUUCCUUCCUUCUUCGCGAGAACUUCCAUGAUGAUCCAUAAUUCAAAGCAUAGUUCAACUGAACAUCAUUGAAGAAAAACAAUUACCAUCUUUCUCUUGUCUGAUAGGAAAUCUUUCUAUAUGCACACUUACAACAGCAGACUAUCGAGGGCAUACGCUGACAAAAGCUCGCAGAUAUCAUCGUACCGCGAGGUAUAGAGAACAAAGUCGCAAUCGAAAUGGUCUCGGACCGCAUCCACAAGACCCUGGACCACAAGUCUAAGCUACACCAGAUCGAACUCCGCCGCCUCGGUAAGGUCGCAGAGGAUGCUCCAUUGUCGUCGCACGUGCACAUCUUGGAGCGCACAAACCAGGUUCAGGGUAUCAAUUCAUCACUUGUGGACCCUGCUCUUGCUCGAGAAGAGUUCAUCUUUUACUUCGAUCGCCUGUCUGUUAUGCUGGUCGAGCAAGCCUUUGCCGCUGGGCUGUGCUUCAAGCAGAAGCAGGUCGAAACUCCGGUCCCAGGUCAAACGUACAAUGGUCUGGAGCUGGACGGCGAAGUGUCUGCCGCCCUCGUACUCCGUGGCGGCUCUUGCCUAGAAAUCGGACUUAAGCGAGUCAUUCCCGACUGUCGAGUUGGAAGAAUGCUCAUUCAAUCCAACUAUCGUACUGGCGAACCACAACUCCACUACUACAAGCUUGCAGCAGACAUUGCGAAUCACAAGCGUGUACUCCUCUUGGACUCGCAGAUGAGCAGCGGUGGAGCGGCUCUCAUGGCAGUGCGAGUUCUUCUCGAUCACGGCGUGGCGGAGCAUCGCAUCAUCUUUGUGACCUACAUGGCCGGGAAGAACGGUUUGAAUAGGCUGAUGAGCGUCUACCCCGACAUCAAAGUCGUCGCAUGUAGGGUUGCGGGAGACUUGGAGCCGAGAUGGGUAGAGCAGCGAUAUUUGGGUUGCUAG